AUGUCUUCCCUACCAAUCCUCUUCACUAUCCGCACCAAGUCUCAAGGUGGAAAGUUUCCAGACGAUGCAAGCAAAGAGGCUUUAGAUCUCAUUUUGCUUGCUAUUGAGUCCGGCAUGGCCUAUGAUGAUGUGCUUCUUACCAUACCUGGACUGGCAACGUGGCUUCGCGUUGUGGAAGUGGAUGGGUGUGCAAAAGAUAUACCUGGUGAAAAGUUCGACAGUGAUGUUAGAGCUAUUAUGGAAUCUUUCAAAGGUACUGGUUUCAGUGGAGAGUUGACCUGGGUCUCGUCUGCUGAGCAGGCAAAGGCCUUGAAAACUCCUGUUCUGGUUGUCGGCACUGUACCAGACUUUCCACGAAAGGAAGAAGGAGAGAUUCUAGCUAGGAAAAUCAUGCAGACUUUCUUGGAUAAACAAAAGAAAGGUUACAUUCUCGAAAUGUGCUAUCACUCCAAGCCACGUACAGCGUUCUUCGAUCUCGGCGAACGCGCUGGAUGGAAAGUCCUCCACGGCACAGAAUCCAUGAUAUGGUAA